UCAUGCUGUGAAUGAAAGUGUCCAGGGGGUUUGCCUGGUUCAGGGUAUAAAGGAUACAGAGUAAGAGCCAGCAUCACCCAGACUCAACAAGAGAAGACUCCAAGCCAUCCAAAACCAAGAAAGAAAUCCACAGCUCCCUCGUGACUGUCACAAUGAAGUGGUCUGUGUUUCUCCUGCCGCUCUUGGGAGCGCUGCUCCUGGGCUGCCUCAGCACUGAAGAGGAGCUCUCUGGCGCCCCCUGGAGUCUCAAACAGGACCCUGCAGUGAGGGAGGCCAUCCAGGAAGAGGCUGGAAAUAACCAAGACGAACUCAGGGGCCUAUUGACUGAGGAGGCCCUCCUCCCAGACAGCGCUGACAAUGAGAAAAGGGUCAAAGACAUAAAGAAAAAAUCAGAUAAAAAUCCAGCACGAAAACAAAUAAAAAAGGUCAUAACCAAGCACAAAAAACCCAAAUAUAUUUUAACUACAAAGAUAAAGAAUAUAAUAGUAAAAAGAUUUAAGGAAGCUAAAACAAACAUCAAGACGCAAAUAGGAAAUCUUAAGAACUGGGGGACAUUUGGUAAAGAUAAUAACAUUGAAACAUAUACUGUAACCGACAAAGCACAAAAGCUUGAAUCUAUCCUAAAAGCCUUAACUUAUAUCAGACACGUGAAAACAGCUGAUAUUAUGUUAACUCUGCCCUUGCCUGGAAACACAUGCAAAGUAAAGCUUAGUCGAGGAUUUCCUACAACAAAAAAUCAAGUUUACGUGCAAACUUUCGAUACCAAUCAAAACACAGAAUCAUACACAAAGUACUGUGACCUUGUGGCGCCUCUUAAAGGCAAAAUGUCAGAUUCUAAAGUGGCUGGCAUUCUCUUGAAGAUGCUAGAGUCAGACCUAAAUACUGAUUCCUGGAAUGGGUUCUCAGCCCAACAGAGGCGCUCAGCAGUGGAGUUUUUAAUGAUUACACAGGUAGCAGAAGCCAUGGUGCCUGAUGACCUCAUGAUAAACGCCAUUCUAAAUAAUAAAGACCUUGAAAAAUUUACACCAAAAAGUGGUCGUGUCCCAGGAAUGGAUAUGUUAGCAAGAUACUUCUUAGAAUUGAUACGAAAUGAAAAGAAAAGUAACGGUGAACUGUUAACUUUUAAAAACGUGUUUGGCAAUAAGGAUAAAUCUUUGUAUAUCAUGGCAAGAACAGGGGGAACAAAUUUGGGCAGGAAAUUCAUCGAAGAAUUAAUACAAGGAUAAUUGGACCCAGGGGGAUGCCAGAGCAAGCUAAGUAAAAACAGACAACAAUCAUACAAGCUGCAUAUAAACUGCAUCUACACAAUUCAUUUUGCAUUAUGGAUCGAUAACUGUUUUUCUAAAUCAUAUUGGCAGGCUUACAGACAGUACAGUCCUAAUAUUUUCCAUAAUAAUGUCAAUCUGGGACAAACCUUAUUUCUUUAUAAAAAUAAUACAGAUAUAAUAAGCAUUAUCGCCGGAACACAGCAUCGUUGUCCCUAGUAUUGUAUCCACUAAUAUUGCUUCCAUAAAGGUCAUGCAGUUAACUUGCACACAGUCAAUGCUACCAUCCUGACCAUGCACAAAAAAAUGAACCAAAGAAAAAUACUGCCUUUUUUUACUCGUGGUAUUUUGUGUUGUAAUAAUGCUUUCUUUAAAGAAGAGACCUGCUAUUGGUACUAGAUUAGGAUCAGGCUGGGACAAUGCAUCUGUAAUACCUGCUUAUAUUUCAAGUGCAUGUACCAGUUCUGAAGUGGGACUCCCAGCUUUGUGCACUAAAGUAACUGGGACUGUACUGUGCAGAACCUGUGCUUGUAUUCUACAAUGCAGACUCUGUUUCAGCUGCAUUGGCUUGAACCCAUUAAUAAAGACGUAUCUCUGCAAUGCAUGCUCA